AUGGAUUACCUGGCACUUGUCCUGGCAGCUGUGGCCGUGUUCACAGCCUUCUACUAUUACGCUCGUAGAGGCCUAGACUUCUUCAAGAAGCAUGAUAUUCCGCACAUGCCACCGAUACCAGUUUUCGGAAACUUGGGCGGUCUCGUUUUUAAAACAGAAUCAAUGGCGGAUAUGCUAAAAAAAAUCUACAACCUUCACCAUGAUGCCAAGUACGUCGGCAUCUACGACUUCAACAAUCCUGUCGUGCUGCUGCGGGACAUCGAACUCAUUAAAUCCAUCACGAUCAAGAAUUUCGAGGCGUUCCCGGACCAUCGUAGCUUCACUGACAGGAAACUGGACCCCCUGCUCGGCGGUGGGCUCUUCAUGUUGAAGGGUGAAGAGUGGAAAGAUACGAGGAAUCAGGUGACGCCCACCUUCACGUCCAGCAAACUCAAGGGGAUGUUUGCGCUGAUGUCAGACAUCGCAAUAUACUUCACGGAUUAUCUGUACAGACUGCCGGAGAAGGAGCGAGAGCUCGAGCUGAAGACCUUGCUCACAAAAUACACGAACGACGUGAUCGCCACUUGUGUGUUUGGAAUCGCCGUGAACUCGAUCGAGGACCCUAAGAACGCGAUCUACGUGAAUGGAAGAAACGCCACUAAUAUAACUGGAAGCUUCCGGGCCCUGAAGUUUCAUAUACUCAGAAGGUGGACCUCGUUGGCGAGGCUGUUGGACAUCAAGCUAAUCCCGAGCCAUCUAUCAAAAUUCUUCGAGGACUUGAUCGAGGACACUAUGAACCACAGGGAAGCGAACGGUAUCUAUAGGCCUGAUAUGCUGCAGUCUUUGAUGGAAACCAAGAAGAAGAAUACUACCAUAGACGUACCCUGUCAUGCUUUCAGCUUCUUCUUCGGAGGUUACGAUACCGUGUCAUCUCAGGCCUGCUUGACGAUUUACGAUUUAGCCACGAACCCUGAAAUCCAAGAGAGAUUGCAGCAGGAGAUCGACCAGGUGUUGGAGAAGACGCAGGGAGAGAUGAGUUACGAUACGAUAGUGGGCAUGGAAUAUUUGGAUGCAGUGUUGAAUGAGUCGAUGAGAUUGCACCCGACCUCUUUCAUCAUGGACAGGAUGUGCGCGAAAGACUUCGAGUUGCCACCAGCGCUACCUGGCCAUAAAUCGUUCACCAUCAGGAAGGGGAUGAGCGUGUGGAUUCCGAUUUACGCGAUUCAAUGCGAUCCCAAUCAUUUCCAGGACCCUGACAAGUUUAAUCCGGCACGGUUCCUUCAGGAUGGCAAGAGGAUCGUGAAUUCUGGCAAAUUCUUUCCCUUCGGAGCGGGUCCAAGAUCUUGCGCAGGCAAUAGGUUCGCGGUGAUCGAAAUUAAGAUUCUGCUUUUCCAUCUGUUUGCUCGUUGUGUCAUGAAGCCUUGUUCGAAGACGACUAUACCGUUAGAAAUGUCCAAAGGCGCAAUAAUUCUCACGGCUGCAAAUGGAUUCUGGUUGAAGGUCGAACCUAGAGAACACGUUAGUCCAUUUUUGAACAGUGUAGUUCCCAAUGGAACGUCAAAAACGGAAUGA